CUUCAAAAAAGUGAUGCAGCAGCGUAGCGUGAACAGUAUUUCAAUCUUCCAAUUUACUCAUCUUCACGACUUCACCCCAACCCAUUAAAACGGAAAACGACACCAGAAAUUCUCCCAUGGCAGUUGCCUUCUCCACCACCAUCUCCACUGCCAUCAAAUUCACUUCCAACCUAUACAUACACAUAUACGUAUAACUCAAAUCUCCCGCCUCGCCAACUUUCUCGCUCACACACACUCACACGCAACCGAGCCUGUCUCUCUCUGUUACGUUAAUUUGAUCGAAUUCAGAUCUGAACGAGGCGUGAGAGCGACCAAUUGUGAUCCGAACAGUAUCGACCAAAGCGGCGCCUGGAGGUGGUCGGAGAAUGGAGUACAUCGACAGAUUGCCGAGCAUGGAUCUGAUGCGCUCCGAGAAGAUGAUGCUGGCUCAGCUGAUUAUACCCGUCGAGUCGGCUCACCGCGCCGUCUCCUAUCUCGGCCAACUAGGUCUCCUCCAAUUCCGCGAUUUAAAUGAUGAUAAAAGCCCUUUCCAGAGAACGUUUGUUAACCAGGUUAAAAGAUGUGCUGAGAUGUCCAGAAAGUUACGUUUUUUCAAAGAUCAGAUACAUAAAGCUGGUCUAGGGCUAUCUCCACAUCCAGCUUCCGAAACUGAUAUUGAAUUAGAAGAAUUGGAGGCUGGACUUGCUGAGCAUGAGCACGAGUUAAUUGAAAUGAAUCAUAACAGUGAGAAGCUGCAGCAAACAUAUAAUGAGUUGCUUGAGUUCAAGAUGGUCCUACAGAAGGCAGGUGACUUUCUUAUGCCCGAUGGGAAUCAUUCCGCAGCACAAGAGACAGAAUUAGAUGAAAAUGUUCAUAUAAACAAUGGUUAUGCCGAUUCAGCAUCACUGCUGGAACAGGAGAUGCAACCUGGAAUAUCAGAUCAGUCUGGUGUGAAGUUUGUAAGUGGUGUAAUUUGUAAAUCUAAAGCAUUGAGAUUCGAAAGGAUGUUGUUUCGUACAACCAGGGGAAAUAUGCUUUUCAAUCAGGCACCAGCGGAUGACCCAAUUGUGGAUCCUGCAUCAAAUGAAAUGGUUGAGAACACAGUUUUUAUGGUAUUCUUCUCAGGCGAGCAAGCAAGGAAAAAAAUCCACAAAAUUUGUGAAGCAUUUGGAGCAAACUGCUACCCAGUUCCUGAAGACUCAAUCAAGCGGAGGCAAAUAACUAGAGAUGUUUUGUCACGCUUGUCUGAGUUGGAAACAACCUUAGAGGCUGGCCUUCGACAUCGAGAUGCGGCUCUGACCUCUAUUGGGUUUCAGCUUACAAAGUGGAUGAAUAUGGUAAGAAGGGAAAAGGCUAUUUAUGACACAUUGAAUAUGCUGAACUUUGAUGUCACAAAGAAGUGCCUGGUCGGUGAGGGUUGGUGUCCAAUAUUUGCAAAAACUAUGAUUCAAGAUGCUCUGCAACGUGCAACUUUUGAUAGUAAUUCACAAGUGGGUAUAAUAUUUCAUGUGAUGGACUCAAUCGAAUCACCUCCUACAUUCUUCAGAACCAACCAUUUUACAAAUGCAUAUCAAGAAAUUGUUGAUGCAUAUGGAGUUGCGAAAUAUCAAGAGGCAAAUCCUGCAGUUUAUGCUGUAAUUACAUUUCCAUUUCUUUUUGCUGUGAUGUUUGGGGAUUGGGGUCAUGGUAUAUGCUUACUGUUGGGAGCUUUAGUCCUUAUAGCACGCGAGAAAAGAUUAGGUUCACAGAAACUCGGCAGCUUUAUGGAAAUGCUAUUUGGCGGUCGAUAUGUCCUCCUUCUGAUGUCUCUGUUUUCAAUUUACUGUGGUGUUAUAUACAAUGAAUUCUUUUCCGUUCCUUUUCACAUAUUCGGUAGUUCUGCCUACAAAUGCAGAGAUGCUACAUGCAGUGAAGCACGUACAAUCGGUUUAAUCAAAGUUGGAGAUACAUAUCCAUUUGGCGUGGACCCAAGUUGGCGUGGAAGUCGUUCUGAGUUGCCUUUCUUAAACUCUCUCAAGAUGAAAAUGUCUAUUUUGUUUGGUGUGUCACAGAUGAAUUUAGGAAUUUUAAUAAGUUACUUCAAUGCACGCUUCUUCAACAACUCAAUUGAUAUUAAGUACCAAUUUGUGCCUCAGAUGAUCUUCCUUAACAGCCUUUUUGGAUAUCUUUCACUUCUCAUUAUUAUCAAAUGGUGCACCGGUUCUCAAGCAGAUUUGUAUCAUGUGAUGAUCUACAUGUUCUUGAGCCCUUUUGAAGAAUUGGGGGAAAAUAAGCUGUUCUGGGGUCAGGGCGUGCUUCAGGUUAUAUUGUUGCUCGUAGCUGUUAUUGCUGUCCCGUGGAUGCUCUUUCCGAAACCCUUUAUUUUAAAGAGACUUCAUACUGAGAGAUUCCAAGGCCGGGCAUACGGAAUUCUUGGGACCUCUGACAUGUAUAGUGAUGAUGAGCCUGAUUCUGCGAGACAUCCUCAUGGUGAGGAGGAGUUCAACUUUAGUGAGGUCUUUGUUCAUCAAAUGAUACAUUCGAUUGAGUUUGUACUGGGUGCAGUUUCUAAUACUGCAUCAUAUCUUCGGUUGUGGGCACUAAGUUUGGCCCACUCAGAAUUAUCAACUGUUUUUUACGAGAAAGUCCUCCUGCUCGCCUGGGGGUACAACAAUUUCAUGAUACGUCUAAUCGGGCUGGCAGUUUUUGCAUUUGCAACAGCAUUCGUACUACUCAUGAUGGAAACUCUGAGCGCGUUCCUCCACGCCUUGCGUCUACACUGGGUGGAAUUCCAAACUAAGUUUUACAGUGGGGAUGGAUAUAAGUUCAAGCCCUUUUCCUUCGCCUCGCUAACAGAUGAAGAUGACUAGUCCUUUUCUUCCCUUUUUUCUAUUUUUGAGAAUUUUGGAGGCAGCAGGAAGAAGAAGAAAUUUUGCAGUCGCGACGCACGAUCAUGAUGAUGAAAGUAUGGAUGAGGAGAGUCGUUUACUCGUUAUUUUUUAACAUGAUACUAGUUUAUAUUAGACUUCUAAUUGUAAGCCUUGACUCGAAAAUUCUUUAGAAGCAAAACCUGGAGUUGUAAAGAGGGACCUUCUAUAUACGUAGAUUCUCAGCCUUUUUUUUUGUUCUUAGCGACACCCAUAUUUGUACAACUUCUUAUACAGAACUAUUGCUCAAACACUUGUAGGCUAUGAAACCACACCAUUUUUAUUUAA